AUCAUCAAAAAUAAAAAUCUGUCAGCUACAAUGUGACGACCUCACGGAAUAAUUUCUUGCCUCCAAGACCCACAAAUAAAAAGGCAAGAAAGGGUUAAUUGGGAGUAAGAAGAUGAUGACUGAUCAGUCUCUCUACCACACACAAGCAUGAAGCAUCAUCACUCGCUCAUUUCCCAUCAUCAAAUCUCAAUCAUAUGUUAUUUAAGUAUACAUAUAAUGUCCCACUAGAAUCCCACUCUUUCUACAUCUCUUUCUCACAUCUCAAACCAACCAUCACUCUCACAGGCAUUUUCACAAACAUCUUGCCUGCAACCCACCAUCUGAUAUCACAAUAAAUGGACGAGAAAUGGAAUCUAUCAAAGAAGGAGGGUUCAGGAAGUAGUUACCAUCAUUCUUCCACGAAUGCCAAGUCGUCAUUCCUGAGAAGUGGGUCGACCUCCAAAUCGCCAUUGCUGCGAUGUUCUUCACAGAAAAGCUUCCCAGCUUCUAAUUCCAAGAGCCCCCAUGAUCUUCCUCGUAGUUACUCCCAGAAAAGCUCUUCUAAUUCCAUUGGACGAAAGUACAGCAGCUUGGCCAAGGAACAGAAGGCUCGAUUCUAUAUUAUGAGACGCUGCGUUGCGAUGCUCGUUUGUUGGCACAAACAUGGAGAUUCGUAAGAAAAGAAAGGAGAAUCGAUCCGGGUUUUCCCCAUUUUCCCUUCGAUUCUGAGAUUUGAUUUCUUUACCACCUUCAUCAGAAUUGGAUCUUGAGAUCCUUUGAGAAAUUGAUGUAAAUUAUUCUGCAACCCCAUCGAGAAGAAGGGGUGGGGAACUCUGUUUUCUUCUAUUCAAUUAGAUUCAAAUUGUAAUUACAUUGAUGAGUUGAUGAACUUCAAUGCAAUCAGAUCGAUCUCCUCCGCUUGAAUUUCUUACGAGAUUUCCAUUGUUGUUUAUAUAUUGUUCUAUUUUUUUUUUUUAUUUGUUUCAAUUAGAAGAAUUAGAUUGAUUUGAUGUUUGCACCAAGGACUCUUACAUGUCAUUCUUUAUGAGAAUUAAUCUGAUUUUUA